AUGGCCAAACCACCAGCCAACACCGGCGUCGCCCUGACAUUCAUGUCAACAGGAACCGUCCAAAUCCGGCAACUAAUGAAAAACCAACCCAUGACCAACCGCAACGUAACAAUGCGUCGACUCCGCGCCAUGACCGACCCGCACUGGUCGUCCGACCUGCCCAUCGGGGUCUUCCUAAUCACGCACCCCAACGGGCCCAUCCUCUUCGACACGGGCGAAUCACCCUGCUGCAACGACCCAGGCUUCCACCCCUUCUACAGCCCCAUCAAGCUCUUCAGCCGCACGCGCGUGGCCAAAGAAGACGGCAUCGUAUCACAACUCCGCGCGCAGGGCGUCGAGCCGAAAGACUUACAGGCCAUCGUGCUCAGCCACCUGCACGGCGACCACGCCGGCGGGCUCGAGGACCUCGCGAAGGCGGCCCCGGAGGUCCCCGUGUACGUCAGCGCGGCCCACUGGAAGGUCUUCGGCAACAGCCCCGUGUCCGCCACGAUAGCAGGCUGCAACCCGCAGCGGUGGCCGCCGGACUUCGCGCCACGACUGCUUGGCAACGCGGACGGGGCCGUCGGGCCGUGGGAGAAAUCGACGAAGUUAACUGCGGACGGACGGGUGCUGGUUGUUGAUACGCCCGGACAUGUGCCGGGACAUGUAUCCCUGAUCGUGCGGGGAGAUAAUGAGGAUGGGACGCAGACGACGUAUUUUUUGCCUGGUGACGCGACGUAUGGGCUGGAUCUGCUGGACUUGGAGGAGCCGGAUGGUAUUAAUGAUGAUCCCGUGACGGCGCUGAAAAGUCUGCUGCUGAUUAAGGAGUUUGCGCGCCAGGGCGAUGUGGUGGUGUUGCCGAGCCAUGAUGCGGAUACGCCGCGGUUGUUGAGGGAUCGGGUUGUUUAUAAACCUAAGGAUCCGUAG